GUUAAGAAAACCUUAAAAACAAUACCCAGGUCAAGUAGAGUGUGUAGAGUAUAUUAUAAGUAGUAAACUAAAAAUUAAUUUGAGUCAAAUUUGAAAAGAAAACUUGAGAACGGAUAUGCCUCCAAAAAGAAAAAGAAAAGCACAAUCUACAAAUGAAAAGGGUACUGUUAAAAAACAAAAGGCGGGAAAUACUCAAGAGACUAAUGGAGAGGAAUUAGACGCCUCAAAGCCGACUUUGUACAUUGAACAUUGUAAAUCAUGAUCCGUUUUCAAAAGACGUGCUAUAGAUUUGCACAAAUCUAUUGCAGAAAAAUUAUUAGAUUGUUCCUUGCAGCUUAGUUUAAAUUCCGAUGGAGCCCCACGACGUGGUGCCUUUGAAAUAUCAGUAGCUGAAACACCAACAUCUAAUAAAGAAAUGAGGACUUUGAUUUGGUCCGGAUUGAAAAAAGGCCCACCAAGAGCAGAAAAGUUUCCUUCUGCAGAAGUUAUUAUUGAUAACAUAAAAAAAGUUAUUCUGAAAUAAUAUCCCCUCAAAUAAAAUCGUAAUUUUUAGUUUUGGAAUUAAUGACCUGCAUUUAUUAAACCAUUUUUAAAUGGAGUAAAUGUGGUGAAGCUUUUCCAAUUGAAAAAGCUAACUUUUAAAAAAAAAACGUUACAAAUAAAUUCCCAAGAAUAAAAAAAUUAACAAUUUUCAAUUUUUGGAUUUUAUGACCUGCAUUUACUAAACCAUUUUAAUUGGAGUAAUUGUGGCGAAACUUUUUCAAUUGAAGAUAUUAAUUAUUUUAAGAGUUGUAUUAUUGCAAAUAAUUUUAUUAACUAAUGUAAAAUUUUAAAUGUACUCCUGCUAUUCUUUAAAUAAAUCUUUAACAUUAACAACA